CACAACUCAACUAGUGAGAUCGCUCUGUAGUCCUAUCAUCAUGCAUAGUAGCUGCAUACGCUGUUGCUGUGGUAUGAUACUGUAUCGGGUGUAGGUGCAGCUGGAAGGGCGGCUCCAUCUCUUGUUGCCUGCCAUCUAGCAGAGCUGAAGGUAGGUAGGAGGGAGUCAUCCUUCUCACUUUCACUUUAAUGCUGCAUACUCAGUAUCUCUUGUUGGAGUUGUGCAGGCUCUCUUUGACUCUUCCACCCCGCUCACCCGCGCAACGUCUACGAUACACGACCUGCCAUUACCGCCACGAACAGCGCACAACCGUCAUGUCACCCCAACGUGACACCAGCAUCAGGUCCUACUUCAAACCAACAGGUGCAGGCGAUAUCAAAGCAAAAAAUCCAGUCACCGUACCUGAAGCCAUUCCUGGCAAAAGGACGACCUCGGGUACACCACCUCCACCCAAGAAAUUCAAGACCACCACCGAGAACAAACAUCAGCAUCUCGACUACACACAUGUCACAUCUGGCUGGCUUGAUGUGCCGGGCCGACAAGAUGCAGACCAGAAGUCGCUGCAACUUACCUACCACAAGGGCGACAUGUUUGCAGACGUACCGCCCGGCACCGUGUUAGUCCAUGCCUGCAACACCCAAGGUCACUGGGGCGCCGGUAUCGCCAAAGCAUUCAAGCAGCAGUAUCCGAAAGCCUACACAGACCAUCACAACUUCUGCGCCAAAGACCAUACCAAGUCUAAUCCAGUAUCCACUGGGACGACGCAGCUACUGGCGCCACGCGACGGCGACAAGCAACAUUGGAUCGGCUGCGUCUUCACAAGUGCUGGGUACGGCAAAGGCAAGGACAAGCCAGAUCAGAUCAUCAGGAACACCGUCAACUCCAUGCAGAUGCUGCUCGAGUUGGUCAGCCAAGUGGACGGGGAGAUCAGUGAGAUUCGAAUGUGCAAGAUCAACAGCGGGAAGUUUGGCGUGCCCUGGGAGAAGACCGAGGCGGCCAUCCACGUUAUCAAACUGAAGCCGGAGUGGCGUACGAAGAUUGGGGUUUGGGAACCUGAAGAAUAAACAAAGCACGCAGCAUAUGUGCAUAUCACUCCCAUUGUGGAAGACUACAAGUAAUCGAGAUAGCUG